ACUAAUCUAAAUUAAUUCAUGGAAAGAUAGAAAUUAGUUUAAGCAAAAAUUCAGGAGAACACCCUCCUCAAAUCUGUACUUAUAGGAAGUAAUUUGAGGCCCUGUUCUUCCAUUGUGACCAAGGUGGAAUCUCUGGUUCACUGUAGAAAGAGUUUUCAUUUCUGUGAGUUGGUUUGCGGUCCUGAUGCUUAAAGACCAACAGAAGUUCACACGUCAGUUUGCAUGUGACAGUGCCUUUAGUAGAAAGGUUAGUAAAUCACAUUGAGAGACACGUCACUGUUACUCAGCUGCAGAGUGAAACAUGGUAUCUAUUUUAGGGGGUCAGUCAGUCCACACGCACAGAGUGACCACUGUAUGGGCAAUUCAGGCACAAAGGGGGUCACUAUAUUUCCAUAGAAGACAUCACACGUAAAGUUGAAGUGAUGCGGUCACUAUUGGAGAGAUCAAUCAGUCACUGAUAGUGAUGCCUUGAUCAAUCACACAAUGAGAGUCAGCACCGGAGGGAAUCAGACAGAGUGACCCCAACAGCGGUCAGUCAGAGAUGCAGCAAUAGAGUGACCAUUAAAAUUGAGACGCACAAUGACGGUCACUGCGGGUGGGGGUCAGACAGAGGCGCAAUAGCACCGUGUCUCCACUGGAGGGGGCUCAGCCAUAAAUAGUGACAGAAGGUCACCACUGCUGGGAUCGCUGGCAUCAGUGACCCACCACUGCCGGGAGGGUUAAGCCAGACACAUUGCCAGGAUGACUCCAGGGUAUUAAUAACGCACAAUUCGAAUUCCACCGCCUUGACGCUCUCCUUCCCGUGUGAUCUCCCCCAACGAUAAGAAGUUUGACCAAAACUUCUUUUCCAGAUGAGAAUCUUCUCUUUCAGAGAGCGGAGGGAGAAGGAAGCAGCCGGCAGCUGGUGUAUAUUUUUUCCGCUUGACGAUUUCAGCUUCGCCUCUCGGAGCCGUUUAUGCAGCGUUAUCUCUUUCGGCCUGAGCCAGAUCUGACGUGUGCAGGAAAUCAGCUGAUCGCCAAGCCCAGAGGCUGCGCUUAGAGCGGUAGCACCUGCCGCCCAGUCCGGAGUCCGGAGUCCGGAGCCCGGAGUCCGGUUCCAUCCCACCCGACGGCAGCCGGAGCGCCGCCCCUCCCUAAUGCCGUGUGGACUCGGUGCUGCCUCAGGUGUCCCUAGCACCCUGCCCAAGUCAUGCUGCAUAACGGCAACGAUCCAACCCCACCAUCGCCCAAUAAGUGGGGUAAAGCGACGGGGGCCGGCGCCCCGAGUCAUCCACAGCCCCGGCUGGAGAUCAAGAAGAAUGCCAUCACCGAUGAUUACCGGGUGUCCACGCACGUCCUGGGACUGGGAGUCAAUGGCAAAGUGCUGGAGUGUGUGCACAAGAAAACGGGAGAGAAGUGCGCCCUAAAGAUUCUCUAUGACAGCCCAAAGGCACGGCGUGAGGUAGACAUGCACUGGAGAGCCUCCAGCACCCUGCACAUUGUCCGAAUUAUUAACAUCUAUGAGAACAUGCAUCGUGGAAAGCGCUGCCUCUUGAUAGUGAUGGAAUGCAUGGAAGGAGGCGAAUUGUUUAGCAGAAUCCAAGAUCGAGGUGACCAGGCCUUUACUGAGAGGGAAGCCUCGGAAAUAAUGAGGGACAUAGGGAGUGCAAUUCAGUACCUCCAUGCACUGAACAUAGCUCACAGGGAUGUCAAGCCAGAAAACUUGUUGUAUACAACAAAAGAUUUCAACGCAGUCCUCAAACUCACAGAUUUUGGGUUUGCCAAAGAAACAACGCUUCACAACUCCCUGGCCACACCCUGUUACACACCAUACUAUGUUGCCCCGGAAGUCCUGGGCCCAGAAAAAUACGACAAGUCAUGUGACAUGUGGUCAUUGGGAGUGAUCAUGUAUAUUCUGCUAUGUGGCUACCCUCCGUUCUAUUCCAAUCACGGCCUAGCCAUCUCCCCCGGCAUGAAGAAGAGGAUCCGAAUGGGACAGUAUGAGUUUCCGAACCCAGAAUGGUCGGAGGUUUCCGAAGAAGCGAAGGAUCUGAUCCGGCAGGUGCUGAAGACAGACCCCACAGAGCGGAUGACCAUCACCGAGUUUAUGAAUCACCCUUGGAUCAAUCAAUCAAUGGCGGUCCCACCAACUCCACUACACACAAGUCGGGUGCUCCAAGAAGAGAAGGACAUGUGGGAGGAGGUGAAGGAUGAGAUGACGAGUGCCCUCGCCACAAUGAGAGUUGACUAUGACCAGGUGACAAUCAAGGACUUGGAUAAAACCAGCAACCCGCUGCUGAACAAGAGGCGGAAGAAGCAGAUUUCAUCGGCGCGUUCGUCUUCAGCGAUUUGCAGCAACCAGUGAGCAGCAGGCCACAGGACUGGGAAUGGGCAGCAGAGCUGGCAAGGACCCAAAGGCUACUAACGCUCCACCUGAACUGUAACUCACACCGCCAGAGGCAAAGUUUCCCAACAAUAAAGAGGAUGUUUGUACUGAUGGAGCAGACACAGGAGGACGCAGCUUACUCGAAAAUGCCCCGACCCUUUACUGCUCCGUUGCAUCUUUUAUUACCAACAGUAUUUGACUUGGUAUUUUAAUUUGGUUCUAACUUUGUAAUCACAUUGAAAGUCAAAAAAAAAAAUUGCAGAUUUUGGAAAUCUGAAAAGCAGAAGAUGCUGAAAAUAAUCAGCAGGUCAGGCAGCAUUUGUGGGAAGAGAAUAAGCUUUUAGGCUGGUACUUACGGAGAAGAAAGGGGUCCACAGAUGUAUCCUGGGCCGUUGAGCUUUAACAGCAUGUUCUGUUUAUGAUUUGUGGUGAUGUUGUUUGUUCAUCAGCUCUAAAGUAAGUGGAGCUCCACAUACUCAGUAAAUGUCUGGACUCUUGAGUGCACAGAGAGAUCGUUAAGCUCCCUGAAGGAGGCUACUCGUCAAUAGGAUGGUAAAGAAGGUGCUUGGCAAACUUGCCUUCACCAAUGAGGGCACUGAAUAUAAGAGUCAGGGAGUUGUCUAAAACUUUGGUUGGACUGUAUUUGGAGAAUUGGGUGAAGUUCUGGUUGGCCCUUUACAUGAAGGAGGUUGAUUCAUUAGAGAGUGUGCCAAAGAGGUUCACCAGGAUGCUGGCUGCAUUAGAGAGCAUUAGCUACAGGGAGGGUUCGGACAAACCUGCGUUGUUUUCUCUGGAGUGUUGGAGGCUGAAGGGACACCUGAUAGAGGUUUAUAAAAUUAUGAGAGGAAUAGAGAGGGUAAGUAGACAGUGUGCUUUAUCCCAAGGGUGGAAACAUCAAAUCUUAGAAGGCAUAGUUUAAGAUGGGGAGGGGGGCAUUUAAAAGAGAUGUAUGGGGCUAGUUUUGUUUUUACGCAGAGAGUGGUGGGUGAGCUGCCAGGCUGGAGGUGGCAACAGACAGGAUGGUGGCUUGUAAGAGGCUGUUAUGCAGAAUAGGAACAGACAGGGAUGUGGAUCAUGUGCAGGCGGGUUUUAUUUGGCAUCACGGUCGGUACAGACAUUAUUUGUUACUGUGCAGCACUGUUCUGGGGGGAUCCUUGAGAUGCGUUUGCCAUGAGGUACAAAAAUAAACCUUUUAAACCUCCAGCUCAGUCACAUCUCUGGGAUGUGGUCAUGAGCCACCUUCUUCAGGAGGCUGGAGAAGCCGAGUCGACAUCGCUUCCAGGCUGGCACAGGAGGAUCUGGGCAGAGUCUUCACUCAGAGAGGAGCAGGCCAAAACAGGCAGGCUGGUGAAACGGAGGGGUCAAAAGCACAAAACCAAUGUCGAGUUGAAAUUUCUACUGACUCUCUCCGUUAAAAAAAAUGGCCCUCCUCCUCUGUGGUGACCCAUGGAUUUCAUGAAUAGUCGUUGUAUCUGAACUGUGUGCUAAGUAAACUUACCAGCUGUUUAUUGAAGGACGAGGUUUGUAUUUGAAUUAAGGUCACAAUUUGCGUAGGAGAGAUGGAAAUCCUCCAUGUAAAUCAAGCUUUUAAGAUGUCCCAACAUAUUUUACAUUUACUAACUUGCUUUUGUUACAAUACAAGAAAAAAGCAUAAGAUUGUAUGAAAAUGCAGAGAGACUGU